UGAAAGUGCUCGUGGCACGUGGCUAAAGUCUCGCCGGGAAGCCCCGUAGCCGGCGAGGAGGCCGAUUGGCCGGACAUGGCAGCGCGCCGCGACUCGCCGGCCAUUAUUACGGCGCCCCGACGACGUUCGCGGUGCUGUACUGUUCGGACGUUCACACAACUCGCAACGCUGACCUCCAGCGGCCGAUCGGCCGAUUUUUUAACGCGAAAUCGGAAAUCGAGAGUGUCUAGAGCAUUUACGACAGCCGGAGACACUGAAGAUUCGGAAUUUCUUCGCACAACUAUCUUUUGUACUGUUAAUCCUUCUUAAUUUUGCUGCGAUCAACUCUUCAUCGAACUAAGGCAACAAGUGGAAGAACCGUUUCGUUGGGGCGUGGCAAGAGACUCAUGGAAAAUUUAAUCCAAACGAGGAUUCUCUAUUGAAGGUCCCUUCUCACCGAUGAAUAUUUAGUACCGUCUUCGUUGGUUGAAAAUCGUAUUACUAGAACGUCCAUGUGAUGGAAGAAGCUUUGGUCCUAUGAUCCUCAGCGCAAGAUUCCAGGGAACUACCUGAUGUUCGUUUGAAUCAUCGUUACAUCAUUCCUAGUUGCCGAGUAAGGGAAACCCCUUAAAACGCGUUGCGAAGUUAGAGGAUCAAACCAGGUUGACAUCAUCAGUCGACGGCACUAGAUUGUAAAUGAGCCGCGAAAUUCGACUGACUAAUUUGUGUCACGAGUGGAAUUUCAUUAAACUGGAGAACGGAAAAGGGAAAAUAUUCUACAAGGAAAACCCGUUAGCGGGAAAGAACCUCUGAAAUAGAUAGCAACAACUUCCUUGAAAAAACAAGUGAACCCGACGCUCGAAAAGAAGAACGUGACACGAUUGUUUAAGGAAAGUGUUCGAAAGUGAAUAAAAUUCUGCUAAAAGAACGGUUUUUCGUAAUAAAUGGUUCGAGCUUCAAAGCGGUCGGAGAUGAGAAAUAGUCGGUUGGUCCUCGACGCUGGAACAAAGGUGGUUGAUCGACGAGGAGACAAAGAAGAUCGAGAUACAGCACAGCCGCAAGCGACGAUGUCCUUAUAACCGAUCGAAGAUCGGAAGAGCGUGUAACCGAGAGACUGAAGGAAAGUCGAGAAUAAAUCAUCAAAGAAGACUGAACGUCUUGAAGAAGAUUGCGAGCAUUAAGCAUCCCGACAGGAGAGGUCAACGAAUUAGUGUUUUUACGCGAGGAAUCGAGCGGCUAACCGGAAGCAGCCUCCGCCAGUCGACUGUUCAAGGUCUAGACAACGGUCCAAGUGAUUAAACACGAGAACAUUCGCAAAAAGAAUCUUAAGACAGGAGACCAAACGAAUUAUACGCUGCUGGAGGAUCUACGGGAUGAUUGUGCAAGUUACAGUGAAAGGGUCCCAAGACAAAACACAAAGGAACAGCUAGAUUUACCUUCUAACCCUCUACAAGCUGAUUAACGGAUAAAAUCCCAUCUACUUACGGUCCCGCGAGUGAUCAGCGUGUCACGAAAGGAAAGAAUAGAUCGCCAGGUCUGCCGAGGUCAGAAUAAUCGACGACUACGGAGGAACUGCGGCCCGACUCCGCAGAAAUCGAUCUCCCUCCCGCGGAUUGCAUAAGUCGAUUCCGGGCGGAGCAGUUUCGGUUUACCGGGACGAUUCUACGAUUACGCGAGCCGCGGGACACGCGAUAGCGAGGACAUGGGCGCGGGAGCAAGGAGCAGCGUCGAGAAGAUCCGGGGAGACGGACUUUGCCUGAGGAUCGCGUCGAACGAGAGGGCACUGGAGAUCAUCGGGGACGGCUGCAGCGUCGCGCUGGGCAAAAACUCGGGCAGCGUGAGCGUGAUCGGCGAUGGAUGCCGACUGAGGAUCGACCUGAACCACGGGGACGUGGAGUACACCGGGGAUGGUGGCCGGGUGGUCUUGGGCCCGAAGUCCACGCGCAACAAGGUGAAAUACGUCGGUGACGGGGGCAGAGUGUCCGUCGACGGUGAGCUGAGGACGAGAGCUAAGAGGCGGGACCAAGCCACGAAGGAGAAGAUCGAGAAAAACGAAGGAGGAAACGAGAAACAGAAGGACAACGGAGCUUCGAAGACUGCGGAGGAAGAGGAUAAUCGCCUGAACGCGAAGAUAGAGACGAAAUCUGCGAAGAAGGAAGCUAAACCCGCGAAGAAGAAAGAGGAGAGAGCGAAGAUCGUCACUAGACUGUACUGCGAUCAGGAACUCGUCAGGAAAUGGUUCGUGAAUCCUGGAUCGGUGAUUGAAUCCUUUGACGGGUCGUUCGCGAAGACUGGGCCUAAAGAGAGGAAGAGCAAAACUGAAGUUAAAUGAGAAGACCGAGGGAUUUAGGUGAUCCUGAUUCUUGCCUAGAUUAAUAAGAUUCUCGUCUCAUGAUGGCUGCGUGCACGCGGAAGGAUCAUCUAGAUUAACGGUAUACGACUGGCAUGUUUUGCGGAGGUAACUAGUCAAAGAAGCUCUGGUAGUAUGCGUUCUGUAUUGAAUGUAGAUACUUAUGACUGCCCUUUGUAAAACAUUCUGAUAUUUAUAUUAUUUAUAUCUGUGAAUAAUCUUAAUGUAUAGAGGCAACAGUAUUUUAUCGAAAGUUCCUGUGACACUAUAUUUUAGAAUACUAAUCUUAAGCAACUGUACCUAAACGGUACAGUGAAUCGUAUACGAAUAAAGGAUCGGUAAAUAAAUUGUAUCUUUGCGCAUUGACAAUGACCUUCGAGUUUCU